GCUGCGCUUUACUGGAGGAACAGCCGCAGCAGCUCAGCUGGUCUGAGUGAACUUUCACAUCUCUGGUGUUGAGCAGCUCCUUCAUUCUCACUUAUUGGCGCUGCUGAUGGACCUACACAGCUGUUUCUCUGGAUCAAACUGAGAAAAAGCUUCAGCUUUGACUUCCUACAAACAGCUUAGACUUGUGGGGUGAGGAGGAACAGAAGACCACCUGAGACCACUGUGUCUGCUGUGGAUCACAAAAACAUGGAGUGAAGACCCCCAGACAUCCAUUUACCCUCUUUUUGCUGUCACCCAGAAGAGCAGCGUCCAGCAACACCUGGACACCCGAGUCCCAUCUGGAUCCAAUUAGCCGGUGUCCAGCCAGGCGUUGCGGGCCGAGUCCCUGGCCGCGGUGAUCGCUGUUUUUAUCCAUCCUGGCAGCUUGUUGUGUCAUGUCGGCUUUCCUCGUGCCACGGCUGCCACUGACCGGAUCGGAUGUGACAGGGCUGAAAUAAGCAGAGCUGUCGUUUUCCCUCCUCAAGGACGAGCACGAAGUCCAGACUGCUCCACUUGUGUCAGUGUGCGUGCAGGCUCGUUUCGGCCCCUCUCAGUCCGUGGAGGUCGCGGAUUCCAAUCUGGCUGACCUCCCUUUGCACCCGACCGUCCAGACCGUCUGCAAGUUCUGCCGCCGCGGCCCGUGGAGGAUGAGCGAUGUCUCCACGCUGGACUACGAGCUGCUCUCUCCGGGGCCCCUGCUGGCCGGGGCCCCCAGCGCCCCCCCGCUGGCAGGGGACGCGGAGCAGCGGACGGCCUUCGCCUUCGUGGGCCUGCUGAUGCUCUUCCUGCUGUUCCUGCUGGUGCGCUGCUUCCGGAUCCUUCUGGAUCCCUACAGCCGCAUGCCCGCCUCCUCCUGGACCGACCACAAAGAGGGCCUGGAGAGGGGCCAGUUUGACUAUGCGCUGGUGUAAAACAUCGCUCAGCGAUGGUGGACAGGCCCCCGAGCCUCCACACCCUGCACCCUGCCUCUGCCUUAGCUCUCUCUGUGGCCAGCCCUGGCUGGAGUUGCCCUCCGCCUCGCGUCCUUUUUUUGGUCAGAGUUAUACUGUAGUUACUCCUCAGGGCUACAGGGUUCUCCUUACAGCAGGGCUGCCCAAACCAUUAACCACAAAAAGUCCUUUCUUUUGCCCAACCAGAGGGCAUCUGUGGAGAAAUGGUUGAUGAAAUAUGGCAACACUUCAUUUUGAUGGUCCACUAUAGUUGCUAAGUAGAUGCUCUCCAUAUCUUUUACUCUCAGUUCUUUAAAUAUCAAUUAAAAACACUCAUAAAGUGGAAGUUAGCUGACGGUAGCUGCUCUGAAACUCAACAAACAAGUGCAGCCCUCCUUUCAGUGUUUAAUGCAAAGCCUCAAUCCCAAAAACAUGCUUGUGUCCUGCCCAGAGCACCUGAACGCUGAUGCUAAUUUAGUUUAGAUUGAUUCACACAAUAAAAUGACAUCAUUGCAGCUGAUUUGUUAGCUAACACCAAAGUUAGCUAGCUAGCUAGGUGGCUAAUGUUAUCAUUCAGUCCCCCAAAGCCCAGAGCUCGUUUUGUUAGCUUCAGAUGUUGGUUAGCUUCUGUAGGCAACUGCAGAAGCUAGCUAAUAUCUGAAGCUAAUUACGUUAGCUACUUAGCUACAUCGGCUGCACACUUCAGAAAAGUUUGAUACAAAAUAAUCGCCUAGCUAGCAGCUAGCUUCAUGCCUUUCAGCCCCCUCAGAGCCCAGAGCUCACAUCGUUAGCUUAGCUAGCCUUUGUGGGAAACUCCAUUAUCUACACACUUAAGAUGGUUCUUCGAGGGUUCUUUAGUAAAGGCAGUGUUUCUUUAGAACUGUGAGUUCUAUGUUGAACACUGAUAAAAUUGUCCUUCAGAUUGAUGGAGAAUACGUUCUAUAUGGUUCUCUAUAGCAGCAAAAGAGUUC